UUCGAACACUUAAAAAUCCGACGAUUUAUAAUGCAUUUGCAUAAUGACAUAUAUCGCAUUUCCUUUUGUACCGAGCGAUAUGUUCAAAUCCAAGCGGGAGAAAAGCGCGGGAAACUCAGUGGUGAGGCAAUGGCUGCAUACGAAUUGUUGCCUUUUGUUAAUCAUCAUUGUUUUGUUUCUUUUUUAACAAACCACGCUAAAACAGUGUAACGUUGAAGUAUCUUAAAAAGAAGAAUAUUUGAUUUUACAAAAUGGAAUAUACUAAAAGACGGCGACGUACAGUUAAUAUUGAAAGUAGUAACUUAAAAGAUAUUUAUCCACAUGACUUACAAGUGUAUAAUUUUCCUCCUUCAGGCGAAAUUCCAUAUGUAGAAUUUCAACAAUUGGGUAUGGAGAGAUUGAAACUCCUACAACAUGUUGAAAGCCUUGCUUCGAGAGCAGACUUAAAAUCAUUUGAUGACCGUAAACAGUAUUUAUGUACAAUAUUAAACAAAGAUGGCCUUAAAUAUUUUGCACAUCUUCUGUAUGCAAAAGGAUGCAAGUCAUCUAAUGAAAUAGAAUUACAAUAUAGAAGAAAGGAUCACAUAUCACAUUUUAUAAUGAGAUUAGCAUUCUGCUUUGAAACAGACCAUCGAACAUGGUUCGUUAAUCAGGAAGUUGAAUGGUUUAAAUUAAGAUUUACUUCAUUAGAUAAAGAAGGGAUAGAAAAAUUACUCAGCAUGCAUGAUAUAAACUGUACACAAUUGACACAAAAUGAAAAAAAUGAAAUUCGGGAAGAACUUCGUUCGUCUACAGGCAGGAAUGUAAAUGUUGAUACAGUUGAAUUCUAUAAAGUGCCUUUUCAAAAGGUUGCAGAUUUGGUUAGAUUACGUAGAGUUUAUCUUUCUAAAGGAACAGCGUUCAUUCCACAACCAGAUUUGAUAUCUGUGUUUGUUACAUAUUUUAGGUCAAUUUUACUUGAUAGUAUGCCAGAAUCAAGAUUUUGUUCCGCAAAUUUAUACGGUGACGAGAGGCUAACAUCUUUCCUCAGUUCUCUACGUGGUUGUUCUUCUAAUACAGCACCUGUUGUUUGGUCUUCAACUACUACGCCUGUACAAAAAUUGGAUGAGUUAUCAAAAACAUCGUAUCCUUUGUGCAUGAGAACAUUACACGACACACUCAAGACUCAACAUCAUCUUAGAAAUGCUGGACGUAUUCAAUACGGUUUAUUUCUAAAAGGUAUUGGUGUGUCGUUGGAGGAUUCUUUGCAGUUUUGGAAAACAGAGUUUUCAAAGAAAAUAGAUCCAGAUAAAUUUGGAAAACAAUAUGCUUAUGGAAUAAGACAUAUUUAUGGCAAAGAAGGAAAACAGACAAACUACACUCCACUCGGGUGUUCAAAAAUUAUAUCUUCCGCAGUGAAUGCUGGGGAAUAUCACGGUUGUCCAUUUAGACACAUGGACCAAGAAUCAUUAAAACAAAAAUUAUACAGUUGUGGUAUUCCAGCGCCAGGUGUUAAUGAAAUAGCAGAUUUUGCCAAGAGUGGUGAUUAUCUUAUUGCGUGCGCCACAUAUUUUAGGAUUACACACAAUCAGUUGCCAAGUAAAGCUAUUAUGCAUCCAAAUGUAUACUUUACGGAAAGCCGUGCUAUAUUAUCGAAGAACGAUCCUACAGAAAUGGAAAGCAAAGACAGAUUUUCGCAAAGCGGAAGAUUAAGUGAUAGAAUGAGUAAUACUCCUAAAAGAAUAGAAAGGCCUAUUGCUACACCUUCAAGAAGUGCUAAUAAAUCAUCAAGAAAUAUGGACAGAAUUUCUACACCAUCUAGAAAUGUAGAAGCAGUGAACAGGACACCAACGCGAGCAGCUAAAACAGUACCAAAGAAGAUAAUAGAUGAUCUAAAUAUGGAUGAAAUAAUGGAUGAGUUAAUGAAUGAAGAUAUGUGAAACAAAUAAACUGUCAAAUCUUUCGCAACAUUAUUUGA